AUGGGGACAUUGCUGUUAAAGAUGGAAAGUAUUAGUGGUUUAUCUGGAAGUCAACCUGAGGUGGAAGCCACAGCUGUAGAGACAAAUACAUCUCAGUCUCAGCAGCUUUUGCCUCCACCUGUUCCUAAGAAAAGGAAAGUAGUUGAGACCAGAUCUCCUGUAUGGGAUCACUUUGAUAAGAUCAAAGACUCUGAGGGCAUUGUUAUCAAGGGAAAAUGUUUAUACUGUGCUAGGGUGUAUUGUUGUGAGUCCAAGAAACAUGGGACUUCUUCUCUCAGACAUCAUGUGGUAAACUGCCUUAAAAAUCCUCACUCUAAGGAUACAAGGCAAUCCUUGCUUACUUUCCAACCUGCACCUUCUUUUGCUGAAACUGAAAGUAGUGAAGGAUAUGAAGGGGUGUUAGGUUUAAAAUCCCUUCAAGAUGGACUAUCAGUAGGGACAUUUUUAAGAUUUUUUUCUGAUGAGAGGCUCAACUUGAAGAAGUUCUUUAGGACUAGUAGUCAGAGGGUUAGUAUCACAACUGAUACAUGGACCUCAAUCCAGAGAAUAAACUACAUGUGCAUAACUGCACAUUUCAUUGACAGUGAGUGGAAGCUCCAAAAGAAAAUCAUUUCAUUUGUUCCUAUCUAUUCCCACAAGGGUGAAAGUAUUGCAAAGGCUUUAGAAAUUUGUCUUAUGGACUGGGGUCUAAAAUCAGUUUUUAGUGUCACAGUUGAUAAUGCUUCUAGCAAUGAUACUGCCCUAGGAUUCUUAAAGAAGAAGUUUGUGUCAUGGGGUUGUACUGCUGUUAGGAGUAAGUACUUGCACAUGAGGUGCAUUGCUCACAUCCUUAACUUGGUGGUACAGGAUGGGUGGAAAGAAUCUGAUAGUGCUGUUCAAAAAGUGAGGGAUGUUGUUAGGUGUAACUCCACCUAUAUGAUGCUGAGUGCUGCUUUGUUGUAUGAUAAAGUCUUUGAAGAGUAUGCAAGCUCAGACAGUGGAUUUAAAUUUGAUUUGGGUGAGAAUAUGCCUAACUUCAUGGAUUGGGAAACCAUUUCUGGUUUGGUAAAGAUUUUAAAAUCUUUUUAUGAAAUGACUAUUAGAAUUUCUGGUUCACUUAAUAUGGUGGAAGCUGAUGGCAGUGUUAAAUUGAUGGGUACAAAUAUGAGGGCAAAGUUUGAUAAGUAUUGGGGUGAGCAUGAAAAAAUGAACUUUCUCAUAUUCUAUGCAAAUAUCUUAGACCCCAGGGACAAAAUAGAAUAUAUGCCCAUUCAGUUUACCCAUUUAUAUGGUGAGGACAAAGGUAAAACAAUGUUUGAUAAGGUUGUUGUUGGCCUUAAGGAGUUAUUUCAAGAUUAUGUGUCCUGUUUUCCUGUCCAGUCUAUUCCUGAAAAUUCUGCCAAAUCAGCCCCUUCAGUUAUAAUUUUUUAUUGUGUUUCUGUUGGGAAACCUCAAGUAUUAUUGAAAUCCCAUAUUAAGAAACAAAAAUUGGGUAGUGGUGAUUUGUCAAUGAAAAAAACUGAGUUGGAGGUGUAUUUGUCUGAGGUCAUUGUGGAUGAUGAGGAUUCUUUUGACCUUCUAAGAUGGUGGAAGCUGAAUUCUGAUAGGUUCCCUGUGUUAUCUAAAAUGGCAAGGGAUGAUUGGUUGAGGUUAUCCAAUCAACCAAUAUCUGUUGAAGAAAAUAUUGAAGAUGUUGAAAGGAUUGAGAAAGAGUUGUGCAGCACAUCCACCACUGGAGUUGGAUCAUUGCCUACAAUACCUUGUUACAGUGUAUGUGUAUCAAAUAUCAAUGUCCCUCAGACCCUCAUUCCUUGGCUAGGAAAUGGAAAGUGUUCAAUGGCUUGGUGA